GCACACCUCCUAAUUCAAUUAAAAACUGGGCGAACAUCUGGCUGUCUGGUUUACCUCAUUCUUUGUUACACGGAGUGGUGUGAUAAAUCCUGUGGUGAACGGUGAUCUCCUUUCUCAUCUGUGCUUCUUAACAUUAUGAAUCAGCUCUUUUUUUUUUCAAACAUGCCUGACUCAGCUUUGAUGACUGAGUUGGAUGGAGGUAUUUAGGUAACACUCACACGGCAUGAUGAUAACACUCAAACGCCACUGUCUCUGUACUGAAAACCCUAUCCUUUGACUCACUUAACAUGAGAUAAGAUUAUGCUUUUGCACACAAAAAAUAUGCUUUUCGUCUCCUUCAAAAACUUGCUGGGUCGUAUUGUUCGGCCGAGGAAGAAAGACACCUACACAGUGCAGUGUGCUUUCAUGUCAGAUCGGGUUGAGAAAUGGUUGUGUAUGCAGCAUCUCCAAAGACAAUAAGGAAAGGGGCUCUUCCAAGGAUAAUCCAUCAGUUUUCAGUAGAUACAGAUCUCUUGUGGAGUCACAGAUGGUACCGUCUUUUUUUCUCUCGAACUGCUUUAUCUGGCAUGACUUACAUCUUUAUGGUUCUCCUUUGUUUUGCACUGUGGACUUGACCAGUAGUUUUCAUUGUAAUAAACACUAGGUUUUGUUUUAUCAUUAACUGUGACUAUUUCUGCCCCGAAGGCUUUAGCUUUUCAAAAACCUGAGAUUCAUCGCACCCAGCUGUAAUAUGGUUCAAGGUGGUGUGAAUUUUACAACUUGGUGUGCUUUCACAUCCCUCCUCUAACAUCCACAGUUCUGUAUGGGGUCAGAUAUUUACUAUUGAGGUCAAAGUUCAGAUUUAGUCACUAUCAGAACGCGUUUUUUUUUUAGGCCAUAUCAGGCAGUAUGUGAGACUAUUUUGGGAAAAGCUGGGAAGCACCAUUUACGAGUGAGGAAGGGUCUGGCUUUUUUAUCAAUAGAUUUUAGAAGGAGCUCAUUAGUGCGGCGCUUUUCUUCACAAAUACAAUUCUGUGCAAAAGCAUCGAGCCACUACUCAUUUCUUUAUAUUUAACUUCCAAGAAGUCCGGUCCUUUUACCGGACCAUUUUUAGAGGAGUAGUUUUUGUUUGUAACGCCACUUAACACUGACCUAUGACUCAUUUAAGCAUAAAAAGACACCCAACUCAAGUGAUGAACCAGGGUUGUGUUUACUUACAACAAGCAAAUUAGCAAUUUAUUACUAGCAGCUAAUUACAAACAGAUGUAAUUUGUUCCCAUUCCUUUGGUUUAGCUGAAAACCUGUUGUAUGUCAGCAUGGUGUGCAGUGUGUCCUUAAAAAAAUCUGAGAAAACUACACAGGUGUAGGACAAAAUAGAAAUGACAAGCUUUAAAACUAUCUGCAACAGAUUAACAGUAUCUGAUUAGCAUUUUUGAGACAUGAAUCUGGCCCUUCAGUUGAUCCAUCUACUGUUUGCUUAAGCAUCAGCAGAAAGGCCUCAGAAUGGUGGCUGUUAUAAAAUCAUUCUUAAGGAAGGACAACUUGGAGAAAAGCCUGAGCAAAAAAUUCAUCCGCUUGAAUUUGAACACUCUUUGCUGUGGAACCAAUGCUAUGUUACUCUUUCAAAGAGAGGGAAGAAAGAAAAUAAAGCGAGACAUGGAAACAACUGUGUAUAGAAGAACUGCACUGAAAAUCAGAGGCAGAAGGUCUAAUGGAGUCCAUUCUUCCAUUUUCUAUCUGCUUAUCCAAUUCAGCUUAUCCCGUUGCAGCUGAGCCUAUCCCAGCUGUGCUAGGGCGAGAGGCAGGCUACACCCGGGACAGAUCACCAGUUUAUCACAGGGCUAACACAGAGAGACAGACAAACUUUCACACUCACAUUCACACUAUGGCCUGUGGUACCUGUGUUUUUGAGAAAUGGCAGCACCUACAUCCAAUUAUCCUAGCAAAUAUAAACAAAUGAGGGUUAUCUCAAUAGUUUUGCACAGUACUCUAUAUUGUUAUUAUGAAGUUGUGCUUUUUAUCAGCUACCAAAAGACAAAAAAACACACAAAUCUUUGUAUGAGUUAAAUAAAAAUUUACAACCUGUUAACUAGUCUCGAUUAGCACAGAUGGAUCUUAAAACCAUUCUCAUCUAAUUCUGAACAAAAAAGUGAAUGAGCUCCCCAAAUAGAAUCACAAUGGGGUGAUGAGGGGUCACACUAGGAUUCCAAACAACAGGUGAUCUUAUUACUUGCACGCUUAUGCUGUAACCCCAGUCUUGUGACAUCAUAAUGAUACUUGUCCAGUCUUGUGCAAGAGGCUUCUUAUAGUAAAAGCCUACACUUAGAAGAAGCUAGUGUGUCAUAUUGUGGUUGUGGUUGUGUAUUGAACUGUGUAUGCUUCAGGGCUGUUUGUGCCACGUUACUGCCAGUGUGAUUGAAGGCAGCAUGUUGCAUCGUGUUUGGCUGCCUGAUUCUGCCUCAAGGCAGCAAAUCCUCCACGUGUGACACUGAAAAGGUCUCAACUUGCCCUAAUGACUACUCCACAGAAUUUCCUAAAUCCUGCAACUUUUACUUGACAUGUUAAAAUACCCCUAUAAACUGGGGAUUUCCACAGGCAGCUAAACUGGAACCUGUUUAGUUUGUAGCCACUAGUUAAAAGUUAAUAAUGUAAAGAGAGAGGGAAAGAAUGCAAAAGAAUAAAGAAUGUGAGUUAGCUAUUAGUGUGUGUGUGUUUACACAGCAAGCCUUUCCCAGGUGCUAUACGAUCCCUAGGAUUACAGUGGAAGAAGGGGGAUCAAACACAUGCGCACACACGCAGAGCACCACCCCUGCCUCCCCCCCCCCACUCAAAAAAAAGGAACGAGAGGAGGGUAGACGGAGAGGGAGGUGCAGAGAGAUAACAGAUCAGAUGGAGGAAGGGAGAGGUAAAGGGAGUGUGAAUUCAGCAGAUGGUAGCUCACCUCCGCUACAGACUUCACAGGACAGAGCACAAAGGGUGUCUUUGAGUCUGGAGUAUCUCCUGAAGUAUCUCUUUUGUGUAUGAAUGAGCCAAUUAGAGAAUGGUGGGACUGUCAUCCACUGCCCGUGAAGCAAUGGAGGUGUUGGUGAGUGAGCUGGGCGUGCUGCUGAAGAUGCUGGACCAGGAGAACCUCAGCUCCACCACCCAGGAGAAGAAGACCUCAGUGCGGAACCUCCUGCAGCAGAUAGAGCCAUCAGUGUCAGGAACAGACUACAUCUACAUGAACUCAUCAGUGUACAGAAAUGGCACGAGCUUUGUAGAGUCUCUCUUUGAGACAUUUGAUUGUGAGCUUGGAGACCUAAAGGAUGUUUCUGAUGAUGUGAAAGAAAACAAGAAUGCACAAACUGAAACUUCGAUAAAGCAGAGCUGUGCCGCGCCACACUCAGCUGACUCGCCACCCCCGCUGCCCACAACCCCUCCUCCAGAGGAGUACUACGAAGAAGCAGUGCCCCUGGGCCCUGGCAAGAUGCCUGAGUAUAUAAUAACAAGAGUAAGGUCCAGCCCUCCUAACUCUAUAGAAGAUGGCUAUGAAGAUACAGAAAACCAAUACCCCACUACCUGCUCAAACCUACGUCGCAAAAACUCCUACAAUGAUUCUGAUGCUCUGAGCAGUUCUUACGAGUCCUACGAGGAAGACGAGGAAGAGAGGAGCCCGAGCGUCCGGCUUACUCAUCAGUGGCCCUCCGAUGAGAGCUCCAUGCCUCCUGCCAGGGACUGUCGCAUUUGUGCCUUCCUGCUGCGUAAAAAACGCUUUGGGCAGUGGGCCAAGCAGCUCACUGUCAUACGGGACAACAGGCUACAAUGUUAUAAGAGUUCCAAAGACAUGUCCCCCUACGUGGACCUGCUGCUGCCCCAAUGCACUGUAGUCUACGUCCCCAAAGACACCAAGAGGAAGCAUCACGAGCUUCGCUUUACCUUACCCAAUGGGGACGCGCUGGUGCUGGCGGUACAGAGCAAAGAGCAGGCCCACACGUGGCUUACGGUUGUCAGAGAGGUGAGCAGUCAGAGCGCAGCGCCCGAGGAAUCGGCAUCUCCUGUCAUUCUCAGAAAAUGUGAACUUGAUAAGAGGUUGUCUGCGGAGAGGAACACAUCGGAUUCAGACAGUGUGGGCGUGUCAGCUGGAGAGAACUGCAGAGAGAAUGGUAAGGUGAAACGGGGUCCUUUUGCUGCGGGGCGUAAGAUCACACGCAUCAUCAGCUUCUCAAAGAAGAAGUCCACUCGGACAAGUGACCCACGGACAUACAGCGAUCCUCGGCAAGGCCAUUUGUCAGUGCUGGUGAACCAGGUGUGGCGGGAGCAGUGGUGCUGCGUGUGCAGAGGUGCCCUGCACUUCUACCACGACAAAGGAGAUCCUCGGAUGUCUCUCCCUUCCCUUCCUCUCCACGGCUGCGAGGUGGUUCCGGGACUCGGACCCAAGCACCCCUUUGCCUUCCGUGUCUUACGGGACAGCACAGAAGUGGCUGCCCUAGAGGCAAGCAGCUCAGAGGAGCUUGGACGGUGGCUCGGUCUCCUCCUGGCAGAAAUGGGCUCUGCGACAGACCCAGAAUCACUGCAUUACGACUAUGUAGAUGUGGAAACCAUUGCUAACAUCCGUGAUGCUGCGCGGCAUUCCUUCCUGUGGGCUACUUCCUCCAGCAGCACCUCCACAGAUUCUAGAACAUACGACGAGGUACCUAACGAGGAUCUGCAGUCAGGAGAGAACCACAGGCAGCAGUCUGGGAAUACAGGGAAACGGCGCUCAAGUUUCUCAAGCAGCGACUCUGACAGAACCAAGCCAUUAGUCUCCCUGAAGCGAAUAGGCUCACAUACCAGCCAGUACGGGAGGUAUGGGAAAACGCGAGCAGAAGAAGAUGCCAAACGCUACCUCAGAGAAAAAGAGGAGCUGGAGAAAGAGCGAGAUGGCAUACGUAAUGCACUAGUAACCCUCCGACAGCAGAAGAGAGAGCUGAAAGAAGAGCUGAAGACAGCUGCAGAUAAGAGGAAGUCCUUCCUGAACAAGCGUGUGGCUCAGUUGGAGGAGGCCUGUCGAGCUAAAGAGGCAGAGAGGGUGGACCUGGAACUUCGACUGACUCAGGUCAAAGAAAACCUAAAUAAGAGCCUGGCAGGAGGAACCCUGGGGGCAUCAGCGGAGGCUAAACCUCCUGUUCAGGCUUCUAGCAAGAAGAUCCAGAAUAUCUACAGUGAUUCUUUACCAGUAAAUUGUGCCGCAGAGCUGCGUAGGAGGCCACCGUCUGUUUACGCUUCUUGUACUGGAACUGUCAUGCAGAAAGCAAAGGAAUGGGAGUCAAAGAAAGGAACCUAGGAGGACGAGGGAAAUAAUGCAUAUCUGGAAGAGACUUUGGACACUUUGUCUAAAAUUUGCCAUUUAUAAAUGAAAGUCAAGACUUGUUUCCUUUUUGGAUUCCUGAGAAACUGCAUAAACAGUAAUGAAAGAAAUCAGCCACUAGGUGGUGGUACAGCUUACUGAAUAUUUCCAACGACUAUUUACGGUCUGUAGCCAAGUAUUUUCACUUUCUGGAAAGGUGCAGUUUAAAAUUUUGGAAAAGGAAAACAAAAAAAUCAAGAAGGGUAAGUUCAGCAGAGAAAGGCAACAUAAAAGUAUGGAAAGCACUACAAAUGAAUAAAAUGUAGUGUGGAAAAGAGCCAGAAAUGUUUAAAGGUGUCGUGAGGGGAAAAAAGAAGGCCAAAGCAAUGUGACGUAUCGGAAGCUUUGAGAAUGAAAGACAGUUUAAGCCAUGAUGUGCCUUUUAGGUGACAUAAUCUUUUUUGUUUUGCCUGUACAUAAUGAGCGCCAACUACUGUUCUAUAUGUGUUUGUACUUAAAAUACUGUACAGCGCUUCAUUUCUCAUCACAAAGUGUGCAAAAGUUUUAGGCACAGUUUUCCAAGGUAAUUGGCAGGUAUGUUCCUCUGGGGGUUCAGGCUCUCUGAGUUGCAUCAAGUAAUCCCAUAGUGACUCUCUAAUCUUCAGAUAAUGCCAUCUGCUGCAGCAGUCUCUCUAUUUCUUGAUGUUUCUUUAAUGACUCCGCAGUGGCUCAUAUCCCUAAUGUUGCUACUCCUUUUAAGUGCCUAAAACUUUCUGUGCAUUUUUCUGCCUGAAGUCAGUAUUCGGGUACGUGCCAUAGAGGAUUCUGGGUAAAAAACAAAGUAAAUCCAUGCUUGUCCUGAUCACCCUCUUUGGCACACAUUUAAAUACAGCUGAAUACUUACAUUACAGAUCAUUGAGUUACUAACAAAGUGGUGCUAUAAGUGAUAGAAAUCUGUCUUUUCCUUUUAAUGAAAUCAUCAAAUGUCAUUUUAACACCUUCCUUACCAAACCUGUGGUCGCCUGUUGCACUUUACUGUUCUCGUACCCGGAUGAGGGAAUAAUAAAUGUGUGUCUUAUUUUCCCAAACAAUUCCUGUUUAAUUAACUUGUUACUAAGCACAGACUGAAUUUCCUUCUCAUAAAAUGCACCGACACAUUCCAGUCACUGAUGUAGGCUUUUAAUUUCACAUUGUACGACGAAACAUAAUCAUACAGUAUAUGGUCUCAUGCAAACAAUGCAUAGCAACCAACUGUGUGGUGCUGCUCAGCAUCCUAUUCAUUCUAAACUCUUCCUCAUUUGAUCUAUGGAUUGGUCAGUAGACAAUACAGGCUUUGCAUUACCACUCUUACAUGCUGAUGUGCUGGGAGCCAACUCUUUGCACACAAUCAAUAACGGCCUUUGUUGCAGAGCGUAGUCCUGACCAAUAGAUUUUUCGCCAUCCAAUAAAUAAGCUGUGUCAGGUCCGUUCGUAUUCAGACCAUGGCGACUGGUGUUGGAUCUUAAAUGAGGAGGUAGAGCAGCUUCAGGUUGGUGAAAUUAAGCUUUCCACGGCUUGGAAUGAGCACUUACAGAAAGAGAUAAUAAAGCCAGUACAGGAUAUUGACAAAGAGGAAUGCUGUGGG